AUGUCACCACCCGCCGCCCAGCUCCUAGAAGUCCAACUCUUUGAAUCUCUCAAGCCCCAAAUCGUCGCCCUUGCAACCGCUCUCUAUGGUUCAUCCUCCACAUCAUCCUCCACAUUCUACGAUGUAGUUCCAUACAUUACGUCUUCACCAGAGACCACCAACACUCCUUUUACCUUACAAACCACCUACGGCGUCGCCCUCGUCCUCUACACUGGCCCGGCCACGGCCCCCUACACGUCCUUCCACCUAAUCUCCCAUGUUUCGCACGUGCCAAACAUCGUGACGGGAGCGCGACAACUACUGACGGAUCUCCAGCGCGGGAUGGGUAGUGUAAUAGAAAUAUGUAUGGAGAGGGGGAAUUGGACGGUGACGCAUGAGCGGGUGCCGGAUGUGGCUGGUCCUGGUGUUUGUGGAGACGGAGAGGACAGCAAGGAUGAGAACAAGGACGAGAGCAAGGACGAGGUGGAAGGGGAAGAAGGGGAAUAUGAACGCGAACAAUAUUACAAGGAGGACGUGGAUGAAGAGCUUGGAGAAGACUGGUGUCGAAUGCGUUGGAGUCCGUCGCUGGAACCCAUUACCGAGGAGACGUAA